AUGGUGGAAAUAUUUAAUCAAGAAAAAGAAAAUGUGCACCGGCAGUUUAUUGCAAGAGUGCGGAAAGCAGGGUUUGUCAGGCUGGUUUGUAUCUCCCGGGAAAUAGAUCACUUUGCAGCGCUGUUCUCGCUGAUAGUUUUGCUGGAGCGAGAGAUUAUAAAGCACGAGGUUAUAUGGAGCGAAACGAGAAGCGAAAAGCGGAAGGUUUUUGAGAUAGGAAUAGGAGAGGGAUGCGGUAUUGAAAAUGGCGCGGUCAUAGGGACGCAGAGGGAAAAGAGUUCAAGAAAUGUAAUGUUUUUGCUUGGUGAGUCACUGGAGGCUGUUAUGUUCGAUCUCUGUAAAAACAUAGGACACAUGCCGCCCGACUGCCUAUGGAGCAUCUGUGUGUCCUUGCACGGACGCGCUAAUAAUAUGGAGCAUCCCAUGUGGAGAAGCCCAAUAAAAAAUAAUCGAGCAGAGCAAAAAUCAGAGGAUGAAGAUUCCGGCUAUGAAGAGAUAGAGAACAGGUUUGCAAACCAUGAGCAAGCAGAUGAUAUACAGCGAGAGGUUGCAGCUGAAGUUGCGCGGCUGGAAAGAGAUGAUGAUGAAAAGAAGUCCAUUCAGAGGCUGAGGGGCGUGUACUUUCCGUUUAGCCAGUGGUGCACGCUGUACGAGGCUCUUCUCCAGGACUUUGGGGUCAUAGAGGAGCUUGGGCUGUUUUUCCAAAGGAAGAAGACGAAGCACUGUCUUUUGGAGAACCCGGAGUACCUGCUGAACCAGUUUCUGGCGCGGCUGGGCGUCUCUGUGGCGGCAGCGCAGGAGACCUCACUGAACAACCUAGUGGGGCCCGUGCAGACAGUGGUCCAGAAGAGCUUUAACAAGCGAGAGAUAUACUUUAAGCACUAUCAGUAUAACCUUGGGUUUUCCCACAUUGAGGCAUUCUACACUAUAUGCCAUCUUAUUAAGACGGGGUGCUUCACAGAGGCCGUGUUCUCCUUUAGAAAUAUAAAGUUCAUGGACGUAAAGAAGGGCCUUGUUGAGUAUGCAAAAAUAGUGCAGGACGUAAAAAAAGGAGUUGAGAGAAGAAAGGUUCUGAAGGUGGACGGGAUGAGUAUGGUUCUUAUUCCGAAGGGUGCUGUCUCUUUUAGAUCGCACAAUGAAAUCACACUGAUGAAAAAGGUUUUUGCGGGCAUACACCAUCUGUGCAGAAUAAAAAACCCGCAUAAAGAAGUUAUUAUGGCAGCGUAUGUUGAAGACUGCAGAAUAUAUCGGGUGUUUUUUAAGGAGAACGGCGAGAUAUGCUGGGAGGACGUGCAGGAGAAAGGCCUUAACAACCACAUUAUAGGCAUUCUUACCCGGCUGGAAAACGAAUAA